UCAGCCUCCGGCGUAGAGGACACGCCGUUCUGAAAGUUUGAGGUUUCUUUUGUCUCUUCUGGCGAGACAAAAACAUGUCGGAGACUGCUCCAGUUGCUCCUAUCACUCCUGCACCAGCAGAAAAAACACCUGUGAAGAAAAAGGCGAAGAAAGCAGGCGCUACUGCUGGGAAGCGCAAGGCAUCUGGACCCCCAGUGUCUGAGCUCAUCACCAAGGCAGUGGCAGCUUCCAAAGAGCGCAGCGGUGUUUCUUUGGCCGCGCUUAAGAAAGCGCUUGCGGCUGCUGGCUACGAUGUGGAGAAAAACAACAGCCGUAUCAAGCUUGGCCUCAAGAGCUUGGUGAGCAAGGGUACUUUGGUGCAGACCAAAGGCACUGGUGCUUCUGGCUCCUUUAAACUGAACAGGAAAGCCGCUUCCGGGGAAGGCAAACCCAAGGCCAAGAAGGCUGGCUCGGCCAAGCCUAGAAAGCCCGCUGCAGCAGGCAAGAAGCCCAAGAAAGCGAGUGGCGCCGCCACCCCUAAGAAAAGCGUCAAAAAGACUCCUAAGAAGGCAAAGAAGCCGGCAACAGCCUCUGGGACCAAGAAAGUGGCCAAGAGUGCGAAAAAGGUGAAAACACCCCAGCCAAAAAAAGCCUCCAAGAGUCCAGCUAAGGCCAAAGCUCCUAAGCCCAAGACAGCCAAGCCUAAGUCGGCGAAGCCGAAGAUUACAAAGGCAAAGAAGGCAGCUCCGAAGAAAAAGUGAAACUGACGGGACUUUCCGCCUUGAAAAUUUAAACGGCUCUUUUCAGAGCC